UUGCCGCUGCUUGCGGGUAAAGUAUGUAGAGAUGACUCGUUUGUGGACGUGAAGCAAGAGGCGCAGGGAUGUUCUUUCACAACUUCUGUGGUGCUUUAUAUUGUGCAAUUUUGCAAUUGGUAUGCCAGUUUAUUUUUCUUAGAGACCGAAGUUUGAGAAUUAGAAUGAAGCAGAAAGAUAUCUUUGCAUGCCACAAAACGAAAACAUCCACGAGCGUUUGUCUGCACCUGAUGCUGGAGCUGGCAGAAAUCAUGAAGCGCCGAAAAUAUUGCUUUAUUUUCAAAAUAUGAAAACAUAUGUCUGCUGGGAUGGAGCGCAGCGGUCAUUUCAAACCAACACCUGGUCAUUUCGAGGUUUUGAACAGCUCGUCCGGCACCAAUGUGACUUUAACACCUAAAACGGGCGAAAAACAAGAAAGUUUCGCGUUCCAAGUCACCUUAGCGUCAGUUCUCGGUCUCAUCACUCUUGCGACAAUAUUAAGCAAUGCGUUUGUCAUCGCCACCAUUUCCCAGUCCAGAAAGCUCCAGACACCGGCGAACUUCUUGAUCGCGUCCCUGGCCGUCACGGACCUUCUGGUGUCGGUGCUCGUGAUGCCCAUUUGCGUGCUGUACACGGUCACGCACGUGUGGACGCUCGGGCAGGUUAUCUGCGACAUCUGGCUGUCCUCAGAUAUCACCUGUUGCACCGCGUCCAUUCUUCACCUCUGCGUAAUCGCCUUGGAUCGAUACUGGGCUAUAACGGACGCGGUCGAGUAUGCCAAGAAACGCACCCAAGCGCGCGCCGCGGGGAUGGUGGCGACCGCCUGGAUCAUCGCCAUCUCCAUCUCCCUGCCGCCUUUCUUCUGGCGACAGGUGAAGGCAGGGGAGCUCACCACCUGCUCCGUCAACACGGACCACAUCUUCUACACCAUCUACUCCACUUUCGGAGCUUUCUACAUCCCUACGCUGCUGCUCAUCGCCCUGUACGGGCGGAUUUACGUGGAGGCGAGGAAGCGCAUUUUGAAGCAGUCGCCCAAAAAAGCGGGGAAAAGACUCACUUCGGCACAUCUGAGCACUAAUUCUCCCGCUUCGGUGGCUUCGACUUCUCCUUUGCAUUGUGGAAGGCAAGACCUUUACUCGGACAGCGGGUCUCUGAGCAGUGACAAUCAAAUUAGAGUAACUGUGUCCGACUCACUUCUGGAGAAAAAGAGAAUCUCGGCCGCGCGCGAGAGGAAAGCCACCAAAACCCUGGGCGUUAUUUUAGGAGCCUAUAUUGUGUGCUGGUUGCCGUUUUUCAUUUACACACUGCUGGUUUCCCUCUGUCCAUCCUGCUUUUGCGCAGAACUCUUUGACUUUUUCAAUUGGCUCGGCUAUGUCAACUCACUGAUCAAUCCAAUAAUAUACACCAUGUCGAAUGAGGAUUUUAAAAAAGCUUUUCACAAACUCAUAAGCUUUAGAUGUUGCAGACGAUAGUAAAAAAAGAUAGGCUACAUAAUAUUAGGAUAAUGGUCAUGCAGUCAGUCGGUCAUUAUUGCAAGUGAUAUCGCUGCGCUGUUGAAUGCUUGAUUCUGAUUGGUUGACAGUGAGUCUAAAUUGUUGAUUGUUGUUCUUACACCUGCAGGGAUCUGAAGCAGGUCCAGUUCAUUACAGUCACAUAUUAUUAUUUCAAGGUUUUUUUUUUUUUCAGCAUGGCACAAAGGUAGCAAAACAAAUACAAGGCCAAUCAAAUAAAUGACAGACAACAGGAUCAAAAUGACAAAGUAUUUCAAUUUUGUCUUAACUAAUUAAUCUAAUAGCCUCGCUGUUUGCAAUUAUGCUGCUGCCUAUUAACAUUGCCGAGAGCCGCCCGCAGCAGACGCGGGUAAUCACACGCGCGCUCCCUCCCUCGCGCUUUUUCUGGCACAAACACACAACCUUGGUUACUCUAAUAACUGCGUAGAAACAGCCCAAACCUUGGUUACUAGUUCAAAAAGUGACAUUUUCCUCACUUGUUUCAAAAUAAGAAAAAACUAUAUAAUUGUGUUACAGAGAUAAAAAUCUGAAAAAUGUGCAGAGUUGAAACCAUAAAAAUGCAACAGUAGCCAUUGUGUAAGCAAUUUACCUCCAGUUUCACAUCGUGGUUAAUUCACAUCAGUUCAUACGAAAUUGCCUCCUUGAUCCUGUGUCCUGGUAAUGACCGUCUGACUGCGCAUAUAUCACAUGACUGCUUAAAACAAACAUACAGAAAUACAUCAAAUAAGUAAAUGGCCAUGAAAUGAUUAUCGAGUUGAUUAGUUUACUAGUAGCACAGAUACACAGGAAACAGGUUUCCUAGAUGAGCGGUCAAUCAAACUAUUCAUCAAAAAUCCCCAACAGCCGUGUAAUAAACUCUGUUAUGUGGGCCUCGUUUGACAUAGUAGAUGUAGGCUUCUCCUGCAAAACUGAGCAUAAUUUACAAUGACUUUGGAUUUCGUAAUAGUGCUUUGACAGCUUGUGAUCAACUUUGCUAAUUAAUAAUGCAAAAAUGUGUAAAAAGCUUCAUUGUCUUUAUAAAAUGUGCAGUUAAAUUGCUCUUAUGUGAUCACUGCCUAUAGCUGCUGACUGAUCCUAAACUUAAUAAAUAAGUUAGGUAGUCCAUUUGCUUGCGUUCACAUCCAAUACGUCUUUCGUCCUGUCUUACAGUGAGAAUAUGUAUAUGUGUCUUACAGCAGUGCACGCUUAUCUUAUGCUUGAAUAAUGAAAACAGGCCUACUGAUGAUAAAUUCUUGUACCUAAAUCUAUUUUAGUGGCUCUCCGUGUCCAAACUCCCAAAAAUGUGGGUGUUUUGGUGAAAAGUCCUUGUUUGAUGAAAGCAAGCAGUGUGAAUUUAUACUAAGGGGUUAAGUAGUCACUAUACAAUCAUCAGCAGUAUGAGUGCCUCAGACAGAGUUAAACUGACCAACCCGAGGCCAUUAAGAUUGAGACCUACUUCUAACAAAUUCUGUGCUAUGCACCCAUAAGUCAUAUUAUCUGUCACUUGGCAGGAUGAGAGAUCACUGAGUAACUGCGAAUGACACGUCUACCGCAGGAGGUGAGUAAUACGUCAACGACGCACAAGAAAAGGGCUGAGGGGGAGAUAUCAACCUAUCAAGCCCAUAUGGAGGUGACAGGAAAGGAUCACUGCAAAGCUGCAGCAUAUCGUGUAAAGGCACGUUUGAUAUUUCCCACAAUUCUGCUUUUCCAAAAAUGAGCCUGUGUUCCCUUCAACCCUUUCUUUGUAUGUGUAGUCAUGGUGGUUAUGAUUUACUUAUCAUGCUGCAAAAUCUCCUACAGCAGCCAGUGAAAUUGGAGACAUUUAUAAGCAGGGGGCCAAUGGACUAGAAACUGACAUGAAAAUCAUCAAGAAAAUGAAAAUCAUGCUGAUAUUUUCACUGUUUUUUUGAGCGCAGACCCUUUUAAUGUCUACGAGUUUGAUGUGAAUUGAAUUUUAAAGACCUCAUUUUAUACUUUUACAGCUUGAAUGCUUAACACCAUGCAAACACCCGCAAUAAGUGUAAGCAGUCCUGUCAGAACCGCUUAACACUGAAUCGCAAAUUAGCUCUCAGAAAGCGACGGUGGUGGGAAAGCAAGCAACAUGAUGGCAUAAAUGUUUUUUUUUCCCCUAACCAUAUUGGUCUUUUUGGAGUAUGCUGAUUAAUAUGUCUUUUAUCAUGAGUAGUAUUAGUAUAAAAUGAUUUGGACAAGCUUGGAGGAGCCGUUAAUUAUUUGUUUUCUUGUUUAAUUAAUUUGAAUUUAAUCUCUUGUCUUUGCCAUUUAUCUUUUCUUCUAAACUCACUGAAAGUAGUAGAUUUAAUACUAUGCAAAAAUUAAUCUUGCAUUUCUGUUAUAAGACGUUGUUAUAAUUAAAUGUUUUUCUUUUGUUGUUUUUUUAUUUAAUAUGAUUAAAAUUGAAAUAUUUGGUUAUA